UCGUACUGCAGUACCGUCACACACUCCUGUGCUCAGACCAGAGUGGAGCACGAGGGACAGGAGGAGGAGCAGGAGGAGAAAACAGGGCGAUGAUGACUGCAGCGUCCCGACCACAGCUCAACUGAAGAGGGGAAUCUGUCUCUCCUCUGCUCCGGCUCUGGGAUUAAGUUUUUUUUUCCGGUCUUGGCAUCAUGGAGUCUCCCACCAGAGAGAUCGAGGAGUUUGAAAGCACGUCGCUCAAGUACUUACAGCCCGACCAGAUCGAGAAAAUCUGGCUCCGACUGCGGGGACUGAGGAAGUACAAGAAAACAUCUCAGAGAUUACGAUGCUUGGUAAAACAGUUGGAGAGGGGAGAGGUGUCUCUCGUGGACCUGAAGAAAAACCUGGAAUAUGCUGCCACUGUUUUGGAAUCAGUCUAUAUUGAGGAAACAAGGCGAUUGGUCGAUACCGAGGAUGAGCUCAGCGACAUCCAAUCAGAUUCUGUGCCGUCAGAGGUCCGUGAUUGGCUGGCCUCCACCUUCACGCGGCAGAUGGGGCUGAUGCUGCGACGGACGGAAGAGAAGCCGCGAUUUCGCAGCAUCGUACACGCAGUGCAAGCUGGGAUAUUCGUGGAGAGAAUGUACCGGCGAACCUCUAACAUGGUGGGACUGAGUUACCCUCCGUCUGUCAUAGCAGUGCUUAAGAAUGUGGAUAAGUGGUCUUUUGAUGUAUUUGCUCUGAACGAGUCGAGCGGUGACCACGCACUCAAAUUCAUCUUUUACGAGCUCCUCACCCGAUACGACCUCAUCAGCCGCUUCAAGAUCACCGUCUCAGCACUCGUCUCAUUUGUGGAGGCUCUUGAAGUGGGUUACAGCAAACAUAAAAACCCCUACCACAACCUGAUACACGCAGCCGACGUCACACAGACCGUGCACUACCUGCUCCUCAAGACGGGGAUGGUGCACUGGCUGACGGAGUUGGAGAUUUUUGCGAUGCUUUUUGCUGCUGUCAUCCACGACUACGAACACACCGGGACCACAAACAACUUCCACAUCCAGACCAGGUCGGACACAGCCAUCCUGUACAACGACCGCUCUGUGCUGGAGAGUCAUCACGUCAGCGCGGCGUAUCGACUGCUGCAGGACGACGACGAGAUGAACAUCCUGUACAACCUCUCCAAAGAUGACUGGAGAGAGCUCAGGGCACUCGUGGUCGAGAUGGUUUUGGCCACUGACAUGUCCUGCCACUUUCAGCAGGUCAAAGCCAUGAAGAAUUUCCUCCAGCAGCCCGAGGGAAUUGACAAACCCAAGGCUCUGUCUUUGCUGUUACACACAGCUGACAUCAGUCAUCCAGCCAAGAACUGGGAUCUACACCAUCGCUGGACUACUUCACUGCUGGAAGAGUUUUUCCGACAGGGCGAUAAGGAGGCAGAACUUGGUCUACCUUUCUCACCUCUGUGCGACCGUAAGUCCACUAUGGUGGCUCAGUCCCAGAUUGGUUUCAUUGACUUCAUCGUUGUUCCCACGUUUACGGUUCUGACGGACAUGACCGAGAAGAUCGUCACACCGCUCAUCGAAGAGGCCACAAGUUCAGGCCUGGCUGGUUUCCGCAGCAUUAGCGCGGGAGAUGCGUCGCGGAGCAGUGUGAACAGCUCUGGUUCUGAUAGCAGCGGAUCUUAUAACUGCUCGCUGCUCACUGUGGACCUGAAGAACUUCAAGGCCAUCUGGAACGAGGAGGUUUCUCUGAACAGAGAGCGGUGGAAGACGCAGGCAGCUAAAGAGACGGAGGAGAAGGCCAAACGAGAGCAGGAGGAACAGCAGGAGGCAACAGCAGAAAACCAGGAGCACAAAAAAGACCCAGAGCAGCCGGGACCAAAGAAAGACAGGGUGGGAGAGGACGACCCGGAGCCAGGGGGGGUAAACAAACCCCCAGAAGAAAGUCCCCAUGACAAAUCAAAGAAAGAAGAGGCACAUCAGAAAUUACAGAACGGAGAAGUGUCUGAAGAGGUAGAAUCACCAGCAGAUGAACAUAAGAGAACGCUCCGUGAAACUGCAAAUGCCUAGAGUGACUUCCAUUGGCGUCUUGAGGUCCGAUGUCAGACACAGAGCGGUGAACUUGCCAUCAGGACAGUGCUCAGUUCUGAAAGUCCACGGCGCCCUCUAGAGGAUGCAGCUAAUGCUUACAUCACUUUGUGUUCGGCCUCUAUCCCCUCCAAAGCUGCCAUUAUCUCCAGACUUUCAUAAGGCUGAUCUCUCUGAAUGAUGAAGGACAUAACGGACCAGAGAUAACAGCUGCUUUUGUCUGGUCUGUUUUAUUUACAGAAGCAGAUCUCAUUUCCUUCCCAAACCUUUAGAGUGCACUAAGAAAAGCAUGCAGCGGCUGAAACGAUGCCAUCGAAUGUUAGGAUUCUUAUUAAAACCUCCAUUUCAAAUGCUUUCUAUGUUUUUCCGCAUUUGAGCAGCCUUGCAGUCGGAUGACUUGGUAUGUGUGUAAAGCUCAAACUGUGAUUUCUAUCUAAAUAUAUAUAUAUAUAUAAUAUGUGGCCUGCAGUAAACUGUAAAUAACUAAUCUUAGCAGCAGUUGCACCCAUGAACAAUAUUCUGCUUUUCGGCCAACAGCGAUGGUGUGUUCAGCUAUUUUAAAUGCGCUUUACCUGGCAUGGACUGAUGCAUUUCAGCAAACAUGCUCUGCCUCUGACACGCGUUUGUUCGCCUCAUCUGCUAAUAGAGGUCGCAUAUAUGAAACCCUGAAUAUGUAUAUGUAUUACUAUUGUAAAUGACUGUCUGCGUUUAGAUCAGAGCUUUUAUAACUUGAGAAAAGCCGUAAGAAGUGGCAGUAUUUGAGCACGUCUGUGUGCAGCUGUGGAGUAGAAAACGUCUGAUUCAACCUAAGAUUUGACCUUCUCUCGCUUACCUUCGGAUGCCUUUCUUCGUGUAGUCUUUCUGAAAGCGAACCGAACUGAAACGUCCUCUGUAGGAAACGCUCACACACAAACAAGCAGUCACCGUAGACGAUGUAAGACUUAUAACUGACCGUAGUAGUGUGUAAGUCAUAACCAUAUCACUGUGCUCUCUCUGCAAUACCUGCAUAUUACGCCGUAUGUCAUUUUUACUGGUUUCCUUGGGAAUUUGUGACACGUUUUUCUCUGUCCUUUGAGCAUCUCAAGAAAUCUGAAGAGAGCAUGUCCAGGUCAUGUUUCACUCCAAAAUCAAUCAUAAACAAAUAGGAAACGACAUUUUGCAUGACGAAAAGAACCCAAUUUUUAAGACUAUAAGUAAAUGUAGAAUAGAUUGU